AUGCUAAUGCUUCUGUUGCUUCUGGGGCCAAGGUUCGGGCUUUGUGCUCUUGUCUCUCAGCUCCCGAGGAGGGCCAUCUGUAAGACUGGAUCCUCUGUGAAGAUUCAGUGUCGCUGUGUGGACUUUCAGGCCGCAAUGGUGAUUUGGUACCGUCAGUUCCCGAAACAGGGCUUCACGCGGAUGGCGAUUUCUAAUGAGGGCUCCAGCGUCACCUAUGAACCUGGUUUUAAAAGAGCCAAGUUUCCCAUCAGCCACCCAAACCUGACCUAUUCAAGUCUGACCUUGACCAGCACUCAUCCUGAAGACAGCAGCUUCUACUUCUGUGGUGCUAGUGACACAGGUGUGAACACAGAAGUUUACUUUGGAGAAGGCACCAGGCUCACAGUGGUAGAAAACCUGGACAGGGUGAAUCCACCCAAGGUGGCUGUGUUUGAGCCAUCAGAAGCAGAGAUCGGCCAGAAAAAGAAGGCCACGCUUGUAUGCCUGGCCACAGGCUUCUUCCCAGACCACGUGGAGCUGAGCUGGUGGGUGAAUGGGAAGGAGACCCGCAGCGGGGUGAGCACGGACCCUCAGCCCUACAAGGAGCUUCCUGGCAACCCAAACUCCAGCUACUGCCUCAGCAGCCGCCUGAGGGUCUCAGCUGCCUUCUGGCACAACCCCCGCAACCACUUCCGCUGCCAAGUCCAGUUCUAUGGGCUCUCAGAGGAUGACCCCUGGGACCAGGAGGACCGGGCCAGACCUGUCACCCAGAAUGUCAGUGCUGAAGUUUGGGGGAGCGCAGAUUGUGGAUUCACCUCUGUGUCCUAUCAGCAAGGGGUCCUGUCUGCCACCAUCCUCUAUGAAAUCCUGCUGGGGAAGGCCACCCUGUAUGCUGUGCUGGUCAGUGCCCUUGUGCUGAUGGCCAUGGUAAAGAAAAAGCAUUCCUGAUCCUACUCUGGCUGUAGAAGCAGAGACUUCCAAUGUAUUAGAGUGUCCUUGUGGAUUCUCCUUCUGCCAGUGCUUCUGAAGAGCUGAUUUCAUUUCUCUACUCAUUCUAAUUCUACCCCCUAAACUCAUGCACACCUGUAUGUUUAUGGCUGAAAUAUCCCUACCCCAGGGGAAUCCCAGAGUGUCCAGAUGAUGGAAUCAAUAAACAUGUCCUGGUCUUCCUGAUGGACUUGUGAAUGUCCAGAUAUCACUUCUUUCCAGUGCCCAGACUCCCUAUGAUCUGGCUUUCAGUCAGGAUAGAAACAAGAAGUAUUCAAAGUUGAUACAAUCCCCUCAGGUGAGAAAAGUCUAGAGAAGGAUCCACCCAGGAUCCCCAGGAGAGGCAAAUUAAAUGCAGAAAGUAGAGAUGGGAAGAGACAGGAAGGUAGAAAAGGUAGAGAUGAUUUCUAGAAAGUCUCAAAAUACAGAAGUUCUGAGAACAGUUCUGAGACACAGCUGAUUUACACAGAAGUGUGAAUCUGCCAACUGGUCAUGUUCCCAUGGCUAACAAUCCUUAGUUUCCCAUAUGCACCCACCUUCCUUGUAGCCACCUCCCUGAGCACACCAGCCUCCAUUUGUUUACCAAGCAGCUUUCCCAGCUAAAAAGAAGAGAAUGCACUGACUUGCAAACUUAUUUUCAAUAGAUGUGUCUUGAAUUUUAAGUUACAAAUCUGUUGAUAAAUUUCUGUCUAGUGAAUUAGAAGGGUAUGGAAAUGGGCUCUGAAUGCUCCUGGAAGGAUAGAAAAUGAAGUUUCUUAAAACCAAGAAUCAUUGCUAUUUCUACUAGAAAUUCUUCAGAAGCUCUCUGCUGUUUCAUUGUCACCAUGGUGACAUAAUCCCAAGCAUAGAGACCCGACGAUGAACUCUGCCUCAUUAUUCCAUGCUCCUGCUAUUCUCCCCAUUCCUAAACCUCAGAGCUUCUUGCUUGCAAGCCAUUAUGCACAGGCUACAUCUGCUUUAUCUGGAAUAACACAGUAUUCUUCUUUCCCCGCUAUCUUCUGAUUGCCUUCAACACCUGCCCUUCCCAAAAGUCUUCUCUGACCCUUUAUUGCCCUAUCCUCACCUCUGACUCUUCUGAAAUUGUAUUAAAUUCAAAAAUAAAAUGUAAAUCCCUGUAUUUUGCCAUCGUGGGUGCCUUGU